GGAGCGAACCGAGCCGCUCACACGCCGCCGCCCCGUGCGCCCAGCUCUCCCCGCGCGGCGCUCCAGCCUGGAGCCGGUGCCCUGAGCGGCCGCCCGUGGAGCCCGCGCCGGAUCCCCUCUCAGCUGCAGCAUCCUCCCGCCGCCCGGCCCCCGCACUCCCCCUGCCUUUUAAAAGGACCUUCCGCCGCUCCCUCGCUCUGCCCCGGGAUCCCCCCAGUUCUGCGCUUCUCCCCGCGCCACUUCGCAGCAACUUCGGCGGCCGCGCGCCGCCAGCCCUCGCCCGCCUUUGAAGUUUGCAGCGCCGGCCGCAAAGUUGGGACACUUCGGCCCAUUUCAUUUUUCUCCUUUAUCCGCUUCCUCCUCCACCCACCUCCCCCAAGUCCCUUUGGUUCCUGAGUACUGGUGCUUAGCAUCUUGGCCGGAGCCGGGGACGUGGCCCCAUCACACCUCGGGAAGGGAUAUUUCCUCUUCCCCGCAGGAAAACAUUUUUUGUAAGGAUGGUGCCUCUCCACUGGUGUAUGCUGUGGCUGCUGUUACCACUCAGCUCCAGGACCCAGAAGUUACCCACUCGAGAUGAGGAACUCUUUCAGAUGCAAAUUCGGGACAAGGCAUUUUUUCAUGAUUCGUCAGUAAUUCCAGAUGGAGCUGAAAUUAGCAGUUAUCUCUUUAGAGACACACCUAAAAGGUAUUUCUUUGUGGUUGAAGAAGACAACACGCCAUUGUCAGUCACAGUGACUCCCUGCGAUGCGCCCUUAGCGUGGACGCUGAGCCUCCAGGAGCUGCCAGAGGAGGCGAGCGGGGAAGGCUCAGGUGAUCCAGAGCCUCUGGCUCAGCAGAAGCAGCAGAUCAUUAAUGAGGAAGGCGCAGAGUUAUUCUCCUACAAAGGCAACGACGUGGAAUAUUUCAUAUCUUCUAGUUCUCCAUCUGGUUUAUAUCAGUUGGAGCUUCUUUCAACAGAGAAAGACACACAUUUCAAAGUAUAUGCCACCACAACUCCAGAGUCUGACCAGCCCUACCCUGAAUUACCUUAUGACCCAAGAGUCGACGUUACCUCCCUGGGAUGCACCACGGUCACUUUGGCUUGGAAACCGAGCCCCACGGCCUCUUUGCUGAAACAACCCAUUCAGUACUGUGUGGUCAUCAACAAAGAGCACAAUUUCAAAAGUCUCUGCGCAGUGGAAGCGAAGUUGAGUGCAGACGACGCUUUCAUGAUGGCACCAAAGCCCGGUCUGGACUUCAGCCCUUUUGACUUUGCCCACUUCGGAUUUGCUUCGGAUAAUUCAGGUAAAGAGCACAGCUUCCUGACAAAGCCGUCUCCAAAACUGGGGAGGCACGCCUACUCGAGGCCCAAGGUUGACAUUCAGAAAAUCUGCAUAGGAAACAAGAACAUCUUCACCGUCUCGGAUCUGAAACCCGAUACGCAGUACUACUUUGACGUCUUCGUGGCCAACAGCAACAGCAAUAUGAGCACUGCUUACGUGGGCACCUUUGCCAGGACCAAGGAAGAAGCGAAACAGAAGACAGUUGAGCUGAAAGAUGGGAAAGUUACGGAUGUGUUUGUUAAAAGGAAGGGGGCAAAGUUUCUACGGUUUGCUCCAGUCUCGUCUCACCAAAAAGUCACCUUAUUUAUUCACUCUUGUCUGGACGCUGUCCAAAUCCAAGUGAGAAGAGAUGGGAAACUUCUUCUGUCUCAGAACGUGGAAGGCAUUCGACAGUUUCAGCUGAGAGGAAAACCUAAAGCCAAAUAUCUCAUUCGACUGAAAGGAAACAAGAAGGGAGCAUCUAUGUUGAAAAUACUAGCUACCACCAGGCCCAGUAAGCAGUCAUUUCCCUCUCUUCCUGAAGACACGCGCAUCAAAGCCUUCGACAAGCUGCGCACCUGUUCUUCAGCCACCGUGGCUUGGCUAGGCACCCAGGAAAGGAACAAGUUUUGCAUCUACAAAAAGGAAGUGGAUGAUAAUUACAGUGAAGACCAGAAGAAAAGAGAGCAAAACCAAUGCCUUGGACCAGAUACAAGGAAGAAAUCAGAGAAGGUCCUCUGUAAAUAUUUCCACAGUCAAAACCUGCACAAAGCAGUGACCACAGAAACAAUCAAAGGUCUUCAGCCUGGAAAAUCUUACCUGCUGGAUGUUUAUGUCACAGGACACGGGGGGCACUCUGUGAAGUAUCAGAGUAAAGUUGUAAAAACCAGGAAGUUCUGUUAGUUACCUUGUAUAGAGAUAUAUCACUUAGAACUCCAGGAGAGACAUUAAAUCACUUUAAGUAUAAACUGACUACUCCCACAGCUGAAAGAAGUUGUGACCUGUACUUGUACUAUGGAAGAAGGGAUAUCAGCUGGUGUAUAUUGAUGUUUAUAUAAGUAAUUGUUGGAGGAGACUUGGUCUAGUGUGCCCCAAUGGUACCUAGUGUGUAUCUGAUAUCCACUGAUGUCAAAGAGAAAGGACAUCUUGAAGGAACUGCCAUCCCUUGCUUUGACCACUGCAUGAACUGCUUCUAAAUUAUUUUAUCACCUAAAAAUUUUGAAUAUGCCAUUCAUUGCACACAUCCACAAAUGCAAAUUAUUCCUCUCAAUAGAUGCUAGAAUAUAUAUAAAUUAUUUUAUAAAGUCUUGUUUUAAAUGUCAGUGUUUCUAUGAUUGUAAACUAUUAAAUUCUUUUCCUGUUAAAGUACGGAUCUAAUCUAAGUAUAUUAAGUGGA